GGAGCGUGCGGGCCGGGAUACGCAACGCCUCUGGAUGCCAUGAGGGGUCCGCGGGAGGAGAUUGUGUACCUGCCCUGCAUCUACCGAAACACCGGGAUAGAGAAGCCGGACUACCUGGCCACUGUGGAUGUUGACCCCAAAUCUCCACGCUAUUGCCAGGUGAUCCAUCGCCUGCCCAUGCCCAAUCUGAAGGAUGAGCUCCAUCACUCCGGGUGGAACGCCUGUAGCAGCUGCUUUGGGGACGCCACGAAGAGGAGAAACCGUCUGAUUCUCCCGAGUCUGAUCUCUUCUCGCAUUUAUGUGGUGGACGUGGGAACAGACUUGCGCGCUCCUCGAAUCCAUAAGAUUGUUGAGCCAGUGGAGUUAUUCCGGAAGGGUAACAUGGCUAAUCCUCACACCUCUCACUGUCUGGGCAGUGGUGACAUCUUAAUCAGCUGUUUGGGAGACCCAUCUGGCAAUGGGAAAGGUGGCUUUAUUCUGCUGGAUGGAGAGACCUUUGAAGUGAAAAGCAACUGGGAGAGUGAGGGGAAGGUGGCCCCCCUGGGUUACGACUUCUGGUACCAGCCACGCCACAAUGUCCUGAUGAGCACCGAGUGGGGAGCCCCAAAAGCCUUCAAAGAUGGGUUCAACCUGGCUGACAUCGAGAAAGGGUAUUAUGGCCAACGCAUCAAUGUGUGGGAUUGGAGCACUCACGCCUACAUUCAGGCCAUUGACUUAGGGAAAGGCUCCAUACCUCUGGAAAUCCGCUUCCUCCACAAUCCGGAUGCUGCCGAAGGGUUUGUUGGAUGUGCUCUGAGUAGCACUGUGCAUCGGUUCUACAAGACAGAGAAAGGAGACUGGGCGGCGGAGAAGGUGAUUGAGGUACCCAGCAAGAAGGUGCAAGGAUGGCUUCUCCCUGACAUGCCUGGUCUCAUCACCGACAUCCUCAUCUCACUGGACGACAGGUUCCUGUACUUCAGCAACUGGCUGCACGGCGACAUCCGCCAGUACGACAUCUCCGACACCCGCAGGCCCAGGCUGGUGGGGCAGGUGUUUCUGGGAGGCAGCAUCACAACAGGCGGGCCGGUAACUGUCGUGGAAGACAAGGAAUUGCAGUGCCAGCCGGAGCCAUUUGUGAUCAAGGGGAGGAGGGUGCCGGGGGGACCCCAGAUGAUCCAGCUUAGCUUGGAUGGGAAGAGGCUGUACGUCAGCAGCUCCCUCUACAGCGGAUGGGACAAGCAGUUCUACCCAGAUCUUGUCAAGGAAGGCUCUGUUAUGCUGCAGCUUGACGUGGAUACUGAAAAAGGUGGAUUGAAAGUGAAUAAAGACUUCCUAGUGGAUUUUGGGAAGGAACCUGACGGGCCCGUCCUGGCUCAUGAGAUUCGUUACCCCGGUGGAGACUGUACCUCUGAUAUCUGGGUGUAAUUGUGUGGAGCUGUUU